AGGCAAUGCUCGAAAAGUUUACAAUUACACAUUUUCUAAUUUUCCUUCUCGGAUUUGCAUUGGUCAUUUGGAAUUCAGAUUCUGGAAGUAAACAGACAGAAAUUCAUGUGGAUGGAGAGUUUGAUCCAAAAUGGAAACAUGUGGCAGAUAUGUUCAGGAAAAAUCUAGAACAAAAUUGGGAACGUUCUGGAGCAGCAUUUGUAGUUUAUCAUAAAGGACAAAAAGUUGUCGAUAUUUGGGGAGGUUAUUCUGAUAGAGAAUCACAACGAAAAUGGACAAAAACCACACUUUCGGUUGCAUUUUCUUGCUCGAAAGCGAUCGGAGCAAUAGUGAUUGCAAAAUUGAUCGAUGAGCAAAGAUUGACUUAUGAUGACUUGGUUAUCAAGCACUGGCCGGAAUUUGGAGCAAAUGGAAAACAAAAUGUGACUAUUCGAUGGUUAUUAACUCAUAAAGCUGGGCUUGCUUAUACAGAUCAUCCCAUUACAUUGGAAAUUGCAAAGAACCCGAACGAAAUUGACCGAGUUCUAGAGCAACAAGUUCCAAAUUGGCCUCCAGGGACAAAAGUAGGAUACCAUGCAGUUACACAUGGAUGGUUGGUUGAUGCAAUUGUAAGAAGAGUUGAUAAGAAAAAGAGAACUGUUGGUCAAUAUUUUAAAGAAGAAAUUGCAGAUAAACAUAAUAUUGACUUCUACAUUGGCCUUCCAUUGAGUGAGCAACAUCGAGUAUCUCGUAUCGAAAAUCCAAACUUUCAAAAUGUUCUUGAUGAGAUUUUAUACUCUCCACGAGAUUUUGAUGUGAUCAGGUUCAUAAAGGAUAAAAUUAACAAUGGAACAUUAUCAAAGACAACUGUGUCAACUCCAUUUGUGCAAUUUGUUGGGGCUAUGACUCUGAACAACCCAGAUCUUCAUCGUUUGGAACAGGCUGCUGUUCUUGGAAUUGGAACUGCUCGUGCAAUGGCCGAAGUUUUUGAACUUUUGAGAAAUGGAAAAAUUGUGUCGGAUGAUGUAAAGCGGCAAAUGUUUUUUGAAAACUAUGAAAUGAGUGAAGAUUACAUUAGUGGAGCAAAAGUACCGCGAGGGCAAGGUUUUAUGCUUAAAGAAUUUGAACACAAUGGAAAUCUUGUGAAAAUGUAUGGACACAGUGGGUACGGAGGACAAAAUAUUCGAACUGAUUUUGACCACGAGAUAACGAUCGCCUAUUUGAGUAACGGAUUGAAGGUUGGAUUCGGAGAUACUGCGAGAACGUAUAAAAGACUACUAGCAGCUGUUUAUGAUACAUAUUUUGAAAUUAAAUAAUAACUACUUGAUAAGGCGAAGUGCACUUCAGUGCAGUCACACAAGAAGUUGAUUUGUAAAUGAAGAAAUUCCUGACAAA